ACAACGAAUAAAAAGGUAAAUUUAAAGAAGAUUACAAAGAAGCCAGUCACAGUAAGACAAGUAUAUAAGACAAAGCAUAAAAGACUACAUGUUAACAAAUUAAUGAAAAAGUCGACCAAUGUCCGCAAAGAACCUUCAACACACAAAGACAAAGAAAGCGAUGAUGCAGAGGACACCAGCUCUGUGACUACACCAGCACAAGUGAAUAUAAAACGUACACACCAAACUACAACCACGAUGCUUCCAUACUUCCAAAUGAUUGAGGAUCUGAAGGAAGGCUACAUGGUGGUGUUCUUGAUGGAGCUGAUGAGGAUCAUGGCUUCUAAAGACAAGGACGACCUGUUUGAAGUCCUCGUCCACACUGAACAGAUCGCGUUGCAACUUCGCGAGACUGGGAAGAUUAUCUGGCUCGGGCAGCCUCUCCUACACGUCACUAUGAAACUGGCAAAAUUCAUGACUGAAGCUGAAACGGGAGUCAUACAAAAACACGCUUCAAAGUUAAAAAGAAAGAUAAGUAGACGUCACCAGGAGCUAUCUUCUGAAGUGAACACCAUCAUAGACUAUGCUGACAUGCUGUAUGAUGAUGAAGAAGGCACGCAACUGUUCAGUGCGCUCAAAGACUUUGAUGACUAUCCUAACACUAUAACAUCAGGAUAUACAAUAUGUCUAGCAUUGAUAGAGAGCUUCCUAAAGCCGUAUCGACGGCUCAGUAAUACGGAGUUACGUCAACAAUUACUAGACUCUGUUAACUUAGAGCUAAGAGCUAGAAAUGAAGCAGACCGGUCGGAGGACAAUGCUUUGGGAUUCUUAGCAAUAGAACAAAGACCACCACUAGAAUCAGAGAGCGACACUUCACCAUUCUCGAGGAAAUCACAAAAGCAAAUGAGACAGAAACUACAAAAGACAAGGACAAAACAUUCGACAAUCAAGCAGGAACUCACGACGUUUCAACCAGGCUACAGCGACGACAUCUAUCGACGGAGACUCAGCUAUACAUCGGACAAUCGGUACCAAUACCCCAUGUUGAGAAACAUGAAGCCGAUUACAAGUAUACAGAGGCGGUUUAAAAUAGGGUAGAUGUUAGCCGGUAAACGAGCAGACGGAUCACCUGAUGGUAGGCAAUCGCCGCCGCCCAUGGACACUUGAAACACCAGAGGCGUUACAAG